UACUGUGGAACAGUGUGGUGGGUAGGUUGGUAAUUUCCUGCGACUGUGAUGUGUGAGAGAUGAGAGUUUGUUUAUAGCGCGGUCGUUAAAUUUGUUUGAAAAAAAAAAGAAAGAAAGAAAAAAAAGGGUGAAAAAUGUAGAGUGAACUGCAACUAACAAAUUAAGAGGGAGACGCUAUAUCUUCUCCUCAUUGUUUCAAAAGCACAUUCUCACCAUUUUCAUGCUUUCACCGUUUUCCUUUCUUUUCUUUAACUACGCAUCUUGCUGCAGCUCAACAAUUCUCAACUUCGAUUUUCCUUUCGUCACCUUCUUCUCUUACUGUUCGAUUUCAGAUUGCGUUUGCGCAGCCGCAGAUAAUGAUUGGGGGUUGAAAGCUUUGGUGGCCCUUGUGUUCCAUACCAUCCCAGCAAUAGUACAAAACAAGAUUCAGAAAACAACUAAAAAAGUAAUAAAAUAACAGAACGUCGAAGUGGUCUUUUGGGGUACUUUGAAUUCGGGACAUGUCCUCGUUGUCAAACUGGGGGCAUUGAAGUUUUAGAGAGAAAGUAGAGGAAAUGGGUUCCAUUGCAGAGGAGGCAAUGCAAGGCUCAGCAGGCAGUGAGGAGAGGAUUCUUGUGUCUGUUCGUGUGAGACCUUUGAAUGAAAAGGAGCUCUCAAGAAAUGAUCUGUCUGAAUGGGAAUGCAUUAAUGGCACAACCAUCAUGUACAGGAGCAACCUUUCAGCUACAGAAAGGUCCCUGUAUCCAACAGCUUAUACAUUUGAUCGAGUAUUUAGUGUUGACAGCGACACAAGGCAGGUGUACGAAGAAGCAGCUAAGGAAGUUGCUCUUUCAGUUCUAGGUGGCAUCAACUCAAGCAUUUUUGCAUAUGGACAAACAAGCAGCGGAAAAACAUACACCAUGAGUGGUAUAACAGAGUACGCUGUAGCAGAUAUUUUCAACUACAUUGAAAAGCACACGGAAAGGGAUUUUGUGUUGAAGUUUUCGGCAUUGGAGAUCUAUAAUGAAUCUGUCAGGGAUCUCCUAAGCGUUGACAGUACACCUCUUAGACUUCUUGAUGAUCCAGAGAAAGGGACAGUUGUUGAGAGACUCACGGAGGAAGCUGUAAGGAACUGGAACCAUUUUCAAGAACUAAUUUUUUUCUGUGAAGCUCAAAGGCAAAUAGGGGAGACAGCACUGAAUGAAGUGAGCUCCAGAUCUCAUCAGAUUCUUAGACUGACAGUUGAAAGUUCUGCAAGUGAAUUUAUGGGAAAUGGGAGCUCCCUUGCCGCUUCCGUGAAUUUCGUCGAUCUUGCUGGGAGUGAACGGGCGUCCCAAACUAAUUCAGCUGGUACUAGGUUGAAAGAGGGUUGCCACAUAAAUCGUAGUUUACUAACUCUAGGAACUGUCAUCCGCAAACUGAGCAAGGGGAGAAAUGGACAUAUUCCUUUCAGAGAUUCAAAGCUAACCCGCAUACUGCAGUCCUCGUUAGCAGGCAAUGCUAAAACUGCAAUCAUCUGCACCAUGAGCCCUGCAAGGAGCCAUGUUGAACAAACCAGAAACACCCUUUUAUUUGCUAGUUGUGCUAAAGAAGUGACAACCAAUGCAAAAGUCAACGUAGUGAUGUCUGAUAAGUUGUUGGUCAAGCAACUGCAAAAAGAGUUGGCUAGACUGGAAAGUGAGUUGAAAAUCUUAAGGCCAACGAAACCUGAUACGUCAGCAUUGCUGAAGGAAAAAGAUCUCCUAAUUGAGAUGUUAAAGAGAGAGGUAAUGGAUCUGAAGAUGCAGCGGGACCUUGCUCAAUCUCAAAUUAAGGAUAUGAUUCAAGUGGUUGGAGAUGAUAGGUCCUCGAGUGAAUUGGACAGUUUGGGUCAUCAGUAUCCCAAAUUACGUGUGCGAAAUUCAUUUGACUUUGAAAAUCGAACUGCCGAGCUACCAAAUUCGUUAAGUUUUGACUGCAUUGAGAGUAUCAGAUCUUUUGAUGCAUCUCAAUAUUCAGAUGGACAUAGCAUUAGUUCUGAUGAGAACUAUUUCCAACUCCCUGAUUUGGAAAAGAGUCUUCCCGUCAGGAUUUCUUCUCCUGCGCUUUCUGUUGAAAGUUUUGAUGAUGCAAGGAAUGAUUUGGAUCAGAAAAGUGUUGAACAGCACGAAGAUAAUUUAGAGGAACGUUGCAGGGAAGUUAGGUGCAUUGGGUCAGAAGACAUAAUUACAAACACCCAUAAACAUUCAAAUUCAGCAGAUAUAAGUAAAAUUUUAUACACAGAGUCUGUUGCAUCAUCUCCAACCGUCUCAGGAUUAACCGAAGUUGAUAACAGAGACAAAGAAAAUCCAGAUUUGUGGUCAGCUGGUCUAAAGGACAACAAAGAAAUAAACAGCUUAGAAGAACGUUUUGUUCUUCCCUCUCCACAGAAAAUAUCUCGAUCGCUGACACAAAGUGGUGCAUCUAGUUCUAAAACCGUGAAAUUAACCAGAAGUAGAAGUUGUAAAGCGACUCUCAUGAGAGAUACAUCUUCAGAUUGGUUUGACCAAGAAGAAAUGAUUCAGAAUACAACCCCAAUAGGAAUCGAAAAAGACUUCAAUGGAACACCGGAGGGCCCUCAGAAGAAGACUUCGACACUCAAUUAUAAUGCAAAUGCUGAGAGGUUAUCAUGGGAUGAUCACGAGAAUUCCCUGGAAAGUACUUCAGAUAUACAGAAUACGAAAACCUACAUUGAUAACGAAAGGUGUGACGAUAAUUCAUUACCACCGGGAGAAAAGGAAAAAGAUGAUCUUGGAAGUUCAAAUCUGCAAGCGAACCCCGAGGUUCCAGCGACUGAUUUGCAGUCGGAUAAUGCUAUAAAGAAGUUCAAAGAUGUUGGUUUGGACCCAUUACAAUCUGAGGAAGAAAAACAGUUAGAAUGGUCUUCAGAAUUUAAGCGGCUGCAGAAAGAGAUUAUUGGACUCUGGCAUGCUUGUCAUGUUUCAUUGGUUCACAGGACUUACUUUUUCCUUCUAUUCAAAGGAGACCCAUCAGAUUCUAUCUAUAUGGAAGUAGAGCUAAGAAGGUUGUUCUAUCUCAAGCAAACUUUUGCCAAAGGGAAUCAGACUGUGGAAGACGGAUAUAUCCUUAACGCUGAAACAAGCCAGAGGUAUCUGAGAACUGAGAGACAGAUGUUGAGCAAACAAAUGGAGAAGAAGCUGUCAAAAUCUGAAAGAGAAAACUUGUAUAUUAAAUGGGGAAUUAGUCUAAGUUCAAAGCAUAGAAGGUUGCAGCUGUCCCAUCGCUUGUGGUCAAGAACAGAUGACAUAGACCACAUUAGAGAGAGUGCCACCAUUGUUGCAAAGCUGGUUGGUUCAGUAGAGCCAGAUCAGGCUUUCAAGGAGAUGUUUGGGCUCAAUUUUGCCCCCCGGAGCACAAAAAGGAAAUCUUUUGGUUGGACAACUAGUAUGAAGAAUAUUUUGUAAGCUUGAUUGUCAAAGCAAAUUAUUUUAUAGGAAGUUUGAUUUGGCCAAUGUAAAAUUUCUCCUUUGGCUCCAUUUAAACAUAGGACAUUCUUUUUUUCAACCUUCUAAAAACAAUCUCAUCCCUUUUUUAUGUUUCUAACUUCAAUUG